UGGCUCACUGCGCCUGCUCAGUAAACUCUGCCAGGGCAAUCGCGUCUGCAACCCGCCCCCACCGAGGAGGUGCCGGGUGAAGCCUGGGACGCGGCGAGUCUCCGUUUCUCCUGUGCUACUUUGGGGUGUGCUUCAGGGAGGGGGGCGAGGACCAGCUAAGGAAGACCAGGACCCUGGGCCUUGCCGCGGUGCGUCCACCCCCACAUCUCCCGGCGCCAAGGCUGCUUGGGCCCAAGGGUGUUGUUUCCUUGUCCCGCCUCCUCCUGGUCCCUGGCCCAACAUGAUACUGACCAAAGCCCAGUACGACGAGAUAGCCCAGUGCCUAGUGUCUGUACCGCCCACCAGGCAGAGCCUGAGGAAGCUGAAGCAGAGGUUCCCCAGUCAAUCGCAGGCCACUCUGCUGAGCAUCUUCUCCCAGGAGUACCAGAAACAUAUUAAAAGAACACAUGCCAAACAUCAUACUUCGGAAGCAAUUGAAAAUUAUUACCAGAGGUACCUGAAUGGAGUGGUGAAAAAUGGAGCUGCCCCAGUGCUCCUUGAGCUGGCCAAUGAGGUGGACUAUGCACCCUCAUUAAUGGCUCGGAUUAUACUGGAGAGGUUUCUACAGGAACAUGAGGAAACUCCACCUUCCAAGUCUGUUAUAAAUAGUAUGCUACGGGACCCUUCUCAGAUUCCAGAUGGAGUUCUAGCAAAUCAGGUCUAUCAGUGCAUUGUGAACGACUGCUGUUAUGGACCACUGGUGGACUGCAUCAAACAUGCCAUUGGUCAUGAGCAUGAAGUACUGCUGAGAGACUUGCUUCUAGAGAAAAACCUGUCCUUCCUAGAUGAAGAUCAGCUUCGUGCAAAGGGUUAUGACAAAACACCAGACUUUAUUUUACAGGUUCCAGUUGCUGUAGAAGGGCACAUAAUUCACUGGAUUGAAAGCAAAGCCUCAUUUGGUGAUGAAUGUAGCCACCACGCCUACCUGCAUGACCAGUUCUGGAGCUACUGGAAUAGGGCAAGAAAAAGAAGAAACAGUCUUUUUGCAUAUGAUCUUUCAAUUGUUCACCAAAGGAUAAAGAAAGCAUUCAAGCGUGGUUUCAAGAACUGUCAGCACUAAGAAAACGCAAGGUACUUUGUAGAUCCUUAAAGACCUUUCUGGGAAACAGAUUUAAUUAAAAAGUAAAGUAGACUUUUCAUUUCAAAGAAAUCUUCAAAAUGUUAUAGAAUCUCAUAAUGUUAAUAUAUUAAUAAACGCAUUGUCUUCUUAUCCCAGAUGAGAAAAAGUCAUCUGUGAAGCUAUUAUCUUUGGUUCACACAACAGCAGAUUUUAUAAAUAUUUCUCUUUAGGUUUAAGCAUUAGAAUUAGAAUGCAUUGAAAUACAAUUUUAAAAGAUUUUCUCUUUCUGAUUCAUACAUGUGGUUUCAAUUCACCUGCAAAGAGGAAACAUCUUUAGCAGUACUCCCACUACUAAAAGUAGUCACUUUUACCCAGAUUGUUUUCAAAAUGAUCAGAAAAAUCAAUUGUCUCAUCUAACACAUUCGUAUAUACCUUGUUCCCUAUUAGAAAAACUAAUGCUGCAUAGUGGGUAUAAGAAUCCAAGAGGUACUUUUUUCCUCCUUCAGUAACUUUUAAGUUCCACAUUAUUUUUUUUUUUUUACUAAGUUCAGUCCAAAAGCCUAAUUAACAGGACAUCUCCAAGUUGCUGUAGAGUGGAAAAAGUUGACAUAACCACAUGAUAAGUAGCUAUUUAUGAAUACCCUUAAGCGUGUUCUUAGAGUUUUUGAUUGUACAUUGUCACUUCAGCCCGCCCUGUCUGUUGAGGUUUGGGGAGCCAGUCUGCUCUUACCAAGCAUUCAUACAGCAGUGUUUAAGCACCAAAUAUAUUCAUGUUUAAAUUGCCUUCAUUUUAGGACUUUUUUUCAAAGAUGAAUCUGAGAGCUGUGUUUUUAAGUAAUUACUUCUUCAAUAAAAAAUUGUUUUUGGACCAAUGUUGCUCUUUUUUCAUCUACUCAGUGAUAAAUAUAUUCAGUAUUCAACAUUCAUAAACAAGAAAGACAGAGAAAGAGAAAGAGAAAGGUAGAUCGAUUAAUUUGACAUUGUAAUGAAAGGCCUUACUAAACUCCCCAGUGCUCAGACUUCUAUUUAAAUGACACUGUGGAGCAACAGAUACAUAAUACAGGGAUUUGUUUCCAGUUUAGUCUGCACAGAGAUGUGGCCACUAAAAGUGUCUGCUCUGUUUUCAUUGGCUUGAGUUUCUUGGUUUAAAUUUUUUUUCAAAGCAUAAUAAUAUUUAAAAAUAAGCAUACUACUUUAUUUUUAAAGAUUAAUGCAGUAGUUGGAGUAAUACUUGAAGAUGUUACAUUUUGACUGUAGGAAAAAUAAUGCCUGUGUGUGAUAAUGUGUGUAUGAUUUGCAUGUGUGUUGUAUAAUUCACAAUAUACAUAUGCAUUUAUCAUGUUAUUCUUUUCAGUAUGAUUAAUUAUGUCAGUUUAUUGCAUAUGUCUGCAUGUACUUCAUCUCUUAAUUAAAGCAUUAAUCAUUAAAAUUACCAAAGAUACAUAGUUGUACUCUAUUUUUAAAAUUUAACGUUGAUCUGUGCAUAGUAAUACACAUAUUAUUUCUAAUGGGUAGACUAUACAAAACAUUGUAAGCAAGGAUUUCCAUAUUAUACUAUCAUAUCAAUUAUUUUAAAUAUGUUUAUCUUAACAUAUACUUAGAACACACUUUUUAACCAUUUUAAAUCAUUUUUAUUUGAGAUUAAUUUUCCUUAAAUCACUAAAUUACCAAAGACAUACAUAUGUGCAUAUAUAUGCAUAUUAUAUGAUCAUUUUUAAAUUUUAAAUGACUAUAUUUUAAAUGACUGUAUAGAGUCAUUUAAAAUUUAAAGUUGAUCACAGCAUAGUCAUUUUAUAUCUUAUUGGUACACUAUAACAGACAUGCUAAGUAAAGAUUCUAUGUUGCGUUCCUAUCAUAUGUUCUCUUAAUAUAUACUUGCCCUACACUUUAAUAAUUUGUUAUUUAGCAAUUGUUUCUUGCAUUUGGGAUUAGUUAUAUAUAAGAUUAAUUUCUUAGCACCUUACAUUAUCCCAUUUAUAAAUAAUAAACACCUGCCGUCCAUGUGAUUCAGUCUUUUAGAAAUCCAUACCGUCAGAACAGAAUAAAAAUUGUGGUGCUUUGAGGGAAAAUUUUGAAACAAAAGUUAUUACCUGAUCACAGGAUUUAUUAAGAGUUUAUGUUAAGAAGGAAGCAGAUGUAGCAUCCUGUAUGUUAACCCAUUGAACUUUUCCAAGAGGAAGAUUUUCUUUCAUUACUUCUGUACAAUUCCCAUAGUGGUCACCACCAUCUUGCUUCUCAGCCCAUGACCUUGCUUCACAUUUCUUUUAAGAAGAUAGAGGUCUCCCACACACUUCUCUAAGUCACCCCCAUUUCUCUCUGAUUUGCUUACUCUUUCCUUGUCCCAGAUAAAGAUGAUUCCUUACGUUUCCGUCUUUGCUGAGUUUUCUCCCACCCCAGAAUUGCAGCGUUUGUACUGUGCUCUGCAAGUCAUCUUAGAUCUGAUGACUUGUAUCUCUCCCCACCAUUGCCCAGCAUCCUGAUGUUCAUUCAUACUAGUGACCUCUUUCCCACCCACUUAAAGGUGAGGAACUGGACAUUCUCUCAGGCUUAUUUCAAAGCCACUUAGACCUGUGUCUGUGAAACAUUGCUUUGGUAUUGAGUUGGUUAUGCUCCUGCAUCCUACUCUACUGCUUAAAAGUUCUGCAAUUCCUGAUGGAAAGGAUCAGGAACCUCAAGCCUAUUCAUGUGGACCUGCUGCUGAUGUAGUAGUACAUGGGAUGCUCAGCUGUUUCAGAACCAGAAAAGCACCAGGCUCCCACACCUUUAGUCUCUCCACUCUGUUUCCCCUGCACUAUGUCAUUAGAUCACUCUUUCAAAAGCAUGGCUCCAAGUGAUACUUUCCCUCUUUGUUUUGCUUAUCUCUGUCUGACUGUAUUCCAUUCUGUGUAUUGGGAGUUUGACCCAUGUAUGCCUAAUCAGCAGACUCUUACCCCCCAUGGCUUCCUGUGAUUCAUUCAGAGGGAGGCACUGGCAGAUCAGAGAAUGAGGAGGCAGUACCCAUAGGGGAUUUGUUCCCCCAACUCCUUAUCUUUGUGUCUUCUCAUAUUGACUACAUAUGUUUACCAAGUCACUCUUCUCAGGUAGUUCUCUCCAUUCAGCUACUCACUCAGCUUUGAAUUCCCAUUGUUCCUUCUCCCAUUCAAGCAGCCUAAGGUGGUUAGGUUUCCCUGCUACUAACAGCCUAGAAGCAUUGCAUAUCCAGACUUCUUUGAAAUCUUGGUUAAUAAUUGUUGCCUCUUACCUGCAAGGAAUGUCAGAGUUCUCCUAAAACACUUUUCAAGCCUUCCACAAUCUGACCCCUCCCAUCCCAAACAUAUCCCAAGAUGUCACUCAGUGUAACUCCCUAAAUUCCAGCUGGACAAACAUGGCUCACACCCUUCAACCAUCUAAAAAUGCCUCACACUGCCCUUUUGUAUCCCUUUGCUCCUGCAUAUUUCAAAGCGUGAUUGUCUGGCCAACAAGUGUUACAUUUGAGGCUAAAGUUAUGUUAGGAACAUUUGGAAAAUAUCCACACUGGUCUGUGUAUUGCCACAGUGUACCACUAACAUGUGAAAAUGAUGAGUAGCUAACCAGUUAGUUUCAUUCCAUUGUCCUGGCAGGAACUACCUGGAAUAUUACAAGAAUUAUUAGAGGUGAGUGUGGUGGCACAUGCCUGUAAUCCUAAUAACUUGGGCUGCUGAGACAGGAAAGAUUACAAGUUCAAGGCCAGCCUAGGCAAUUUAGCAAGAACUUGUCUCAAAAUAAAUAAAAGGGCUGGGGUAUAGCUCAGUGGUAGAGUACCCCCUCGGUUCAAUUACCAGUAUCAUAAGGAAAAAAAAAAAAGGCUUUUGUGGACAACUGGCUUCUCCUAAAUCCUUUUUCUUGAAGCAUCUCUCAUGUCCUGUCCCACUAAUAGUCCGGAUCCAAUCCAAAUAGUUACGAUUCAAUUACUGACUAUUUGUUCUUAUUAAGCAGUUAUCAGCAAUCUCAGGCUGCUUAUAGGUCAGGUGUAUCCAUGAAUGUACAGUUAUUUAACCCAGAAAGAAAACUCAUAUGGGGAAUUUCUGGGGGCUACUUUGUUUAGAAAAGAGGAGAGGGUUACAAGGCACUUUGAGUCUCUUGGAUUGUCACACAAAUUCAUACACUAGUAAAGAUAAUAUUGUUUAAGACUAUAUUUAUGACUGACAUCACCAUGUCAGUGAUCAGUACUCAGAACUCACUCUCACUUGACCCAUCAGCAGCACUGAAUACAGAUUACUGAUGGCACCUUAAAACAGGACCUUCUUUGAUUUCUAGGGCACCAUACCUUCUUGGUAUUCUCCCAACAUCAGUAAAAAAACUCCCCCUAUCUCUACCUGUACUUCCUCUUUUAACUGUUCUCCUUAUGUUGUAGUGUCCCAGGGCUCAGUUUAUGAUUCUUUUCUCUGUGUCCUUCUUUUUAUUAUUUUUUUAAACAUCAGAAAUUUAUUAGUUGCUCAAAACAUUACAUUGAUCUUGACAUAUCAUAUAUCAUACAUUUUUUUCGAAUGGGGUAUGAAUUCUUAUUAUUCCCAUGUGUACAGAUUGCAGGAUCACGUUGAUUAUACAGCCACGUUUAUACAUACUGCCAUACUAGUGUCUGUUGUAUUCUGCUGCCCUUCCUAUCCCCUUCCUAUCCCUCCUACCCUCCCUUCCCCUCCCCUCCCCUCCCUCUACCCCAUCUACCAUGACUCAUUUCUCUCUCUCUCUCUCUUAUUUUUCUUUCUCCCCUUCGCCUCACAUCCUCUUAUAUGUAUUUUUGUAUAACAAUGCGGGUCUCCUUCCCUCUUCUGUGCAGUUCCCCCUCUCUCUCCCAUUCCCUUCCACCUCUCGUCCCUGUUUGAUGGUAAUCUUCUUCUCCUGCUCUACCUCCCUGCUCUGUUUUGAGUUGCCCUGCUUAUAUCAAAGAAGACAUUCGGCAUUUGUUUUUUAGAGAUUGGCUGACUUCACUUCGCAUAAUCUGCUCCAAUGCCACCCAUUUCCCUGCAAAUGCCAUGAUUUUGUUAUUUUUUGGUGUUGAGUAAUAUUCCAUUGUGUAUAUAUGCCACAUUUUUUAAUCCAUUCAUCUAUUGAAGGGCAUCUAGGAUGGUUCCACAGUCUAGCUAUUGUGAAUUGUGCUGCUGUGAACAUUGAUGACGCUGUAUCCCUGUAGUAUGCUCUUUUUAGGUCUUUUGGGAAUAGUCCGAGAAGGGGAAUAGCUGGGUCGAAUGGUGGUUCCAUUCCCAGCUUUCCGAGGAAUCUCCAUACUGAUUUCCAAAUUGGCCACACCAGUUUGCAGUCCCACCAGAAAUGUACAAGUGUACCCUUUUCCCCACAUCCUUGCCAGCACUUGUUGUUGUUUGACUUCAUAAUGGCUGCCUUUCUUACUGGGGUGAGAUGGUACCUUAGAGUGGUUUUAAUUUGCAUUUCUCUGAUUGCUAGAGAUGGUGAGCAUUUUUUUCAUGUAUUGUUGAUUGAUUGUAUAUCUUUCUCUGAGAAGUGUCUGUUCAGAUCCUUGGCCCAUUUGUUGAUUGGGUUAUUUGUUUUCUCUGUGUCCUUUUUGCUUGGUGAUUACAUAUCAUCUCAUAGCAUUAAAUAUCAUCCAUGUGCCCCCCAAAGUUAUGUGUCCAUCCUGAACUUGUUCUCUGAAUUUCAAACCCAUAUAUUCAUUUAUCUACCUACUCAACCAUCUCUAGUAGAAGAUCUGGUGGCUAUUUCAAAUUAUAAAUCUGGAUUUUGUGUCUCUAAAAUAGUUUUGUUUUGUUUCGUUGGUAUUGGGUAUUAGGGAUUGAACCCAGGGGUACCUCAGCACUAAGCUAAGUCCCCUGUCCUGUUUUAUUGUUUUGUUUUAUGAUAGGAUCUUGCUAAGUUUAAGAUAGCCUCUUGUUGGGGCUGGCCUAGAACUUAAAAUCCUCUAUCCUCAGACUCCUGAGUUACUAGAAUUAUAGGUUUGCGCCAGCUCACCUAGCUGCCUGAAAGUUUUGGGUUUUUUUUUAACCUAUCUCAGUUAGUGACAACUGUAUCCUCACAUUUAUUUAGACAAAGUACCUUGGACUCAUUCUUGCCUCUUUCCCUCACACUUUUCUUCUGAUCUUUGGGGAAAUCCUGUUGAUUCUACCUUCAAAAGUAUAUCGAGAGUCCAACUAUUUUUCUCUCCACAACUGCCAGCUUGAUC